GAAAGAUGGCGGACACCGAGGGGAGCGUGGGGAAGCGGCCCCGGGGAGCGCAGGUCGAGGACAGGAAGGUGGACUGGCGGCGCUGGAAGGAGGAGAGGAAAGCGGAGAAGAAGAAAUGGAAGGAGAUGAAGCUGCUGAAGAAGCUGGAGAAACAGCGGGUGCGGGAGCUGGCAGAACAGGAGGCCAAAAAGAAGGAGGAGCAGAAGGAGGAGCAGAAGGAAGACAGAGGCCGUCGCCACACGCUGAGCGUGGCCCUGCCGGGCUCCAUCCUGAACAACGCGCAGUCGCUGGAGCUCCGCACGUACCUGGCGGGACAGAUCGGCCGGGCCUGCGCCAUCUUCUGCGUGGACGAGAUCGUGGUGUUUGAUGAGCAGGGAGAGGAUGUGAAGAGCGUGGAGGGGGACUUCAAAGGAAUUGGGAGGAAAGGCAACGCUUGUGUGCAGCUGGCUCGGGUCCUGCAGUACUUGGAGUGCCCUCAGUACUUGAGGAAAACCUUUUUUCCAAAACACGAGGAUCUGCAGUUUGCAGGGCUCCUCAAUCCCCUGGACAGCCCCCACCACAUGCGGGUGGAUGAGGACUCAGAAUACCGGGAGGGUGUCGUGCUGGACCGGCCAUCGAAGCCAGGCAGAGGUUCUUUUGUUAACUGUGGGAUGAGGAAGGAGGUGCAGAUAGACAAGCAGCUGAACCCUGGUCUGAGAGUCACCGUGCGCCUGGAGGAGCCCCAGAAUCCAGAAGCCAAAGUGCACAAAGGCACCGUGGUGUCCUCACACCACCCCCGGACGGUCUCGGGCUUGUACUGGGGGUACAGUGUCCGCCUUGCCUCCUGCCUGAGUGCUGUCUUUUCCGAGUGCCCGUUCAAGGAAGGCUACGAUCUCUCCAUUGGGACCUCGGAGCGGGGCAGCCCCGUGGACCACGUCACUCUCCCCUCCUUCAGGCAUGCCCUUGUUGUGUUUGGAGGCCUUGAAGGCUUGGAAGCCGGGGUUGAUGUGGAUCCAAACCUGGAGGUCACCGACCCAAGCACACUCUUUGACUUCUACCUGAACACCUGCCCCGGCCAGGGCAGCAGGACCAUCCGCACAGAGGAAGCGCUGUUGAUCUCCCUGUCUGCACUCAGACCCCACAUCCAAGAGGCUGUGAAGACACCAGGGACAGCUGAAGGGAAGGGAAACCACUGACCUUGGCAGGCACUGAGGACUCAGGGAGGCGGCUCUUCAAACGAGGGGUGCUGGGCAAGUCACUCCAAGAGCCUGGCAGGGCCGAGGCACAGCGUGACCAAAGCUGGCAGUGCUGCCCAGCCAAGAAUUCAGCUGCUGCUGGGAGCAAGUCCGUGCCCUCCUGCCUGCAUGGCCUAGCAGCUGGGACAAGCCUGGCAGCAGGCUGGAUCUCAGCAAUUCCGACAUCUGGGGUGGGAAUAAAGCAGUAUGGAACCUCA